AAGCAGGCUCAGUUCUUGGCCCUGGCUGUGGUUUACUUCAUCUCUGUUCUCAUGGUGUCCAAGUACCGAGACAUCCUGGAGCCCCAAAACGACAAGAAACUCCCCCAGCGCAGCCAGUCUGCCAGGAGCGCAGACAGUAAUGCUGUCUCUGGCGGUCCCGACCUGGAGAGCAGUGUGUCCCUCCGUCGCCGAGACUCUGGCAUCGGGGAUGACCAUAGCUCGUGGCCCCAGCGAGGCGGACACCACCGCCCAGGGGCCCGACGCCGUGUCCGAGGCCCUGUCCACCCUCUCCUCAGAGGUCAGGGGUCACAGAGACAACCCCACGGCGGACGCCAGGGGCGGGAAGAACGUGAAGGACAUCCUGCGCAGCCUGGUCUCGGCGCCUGCUGAUGACAUCAUGGUGGACCCCAGCCUUCUGCCGCCGGCCUUCCUGGAAGCUGCUAUGGGAAACAACCCCAACCAGUUCAGAUCCUUUGACAGAAGUGUUCGGGUGGCGCCCAAGAAGGUGGGCGGGGCUCCGUCCCCAGGCUCCUCCACUCCUGUCCCAUCAGCCACCGCUGCUGUGGGGGCCGCCGGGACACCAGUCAACGUUGCCGUGGUUUCCACGGGCGAUGCCUCCCAGAGCACCACCGCUGAGGCUGCAGCCGGAUCAGCCAGCACCAACCUGCCAUCUGUCCCCACGCUGUCCCCAAUGACCCGGGACACAGCCCCCAGUAUGAGUAUCUCAGAGAGACUGGAGCAUGCUCUGGAUAAGGCUGCCCCCUACUGA